AAAAAAACUAGUUUUUCACUGCUUCUCCGUCUGGAACAAAGGCUAAAUCCUGAUCUUGAUUUUUCCGAUUCCCAAUAAUAUUUCGGUCAGUCAAGCAUAUUCAAGCGAUGUGAUAAGUGAACCAAAGACCGAUUAAACAGUGCUGAUAUCACAAUAAUCGGGACUAUGGAAGAUCCAUCUUCAGCGGACUCCCUGGAAGCAACCAACCCUCAAGCCUCAGACCACCUUAGCAAACACGAGUCUACUUCAGGAGGAGAUCAAGAGAUUGAACCAAAUGAUGUAGAAAUGAAAGAUGAGACUGACUCGUGGACUGCCCCAGAUGGCUCAUUUUCCAAGCGCAUCAUUAAAAAGGGUUCUGGGUUUACGACCCCAAAUGAUGGUGCUUCUUGUCAGGUCACCAUCUCAAUAGUGGAUCCGUUGGAGGACAAUGACGUAGGUUAUCCGACAGGUGAGCAGGUUGAUAUCGUGCUUGGUGAUGGCUGUGGGAGGUUCUCUGAAGCGAUAGACGCAUGCCUGGAGACUAUGCAUCAAGGAGAAGAGAGUGAGCUCCGAGUCUUUGACGAACACCAUGUCGAAUCAGUUGAUCAGACCCAUGGUUCAGCAGCUGCAGAAUUCAGAAGUGAGGCGGGGGAUGGUCAAAUAUCAAACGGGGUGGCUACCUUUCGCGUUACAUUGCAUAGCUUCACAAGGAACAAAGACAUCCACAAGAUGAGCGUUGGGGAUAUCUUAACCAGAGUGUCUCAGCUGAAAGACUACGGGACAACGUGCUUCAAGGAGCGUAAACUUCAGCUCGCGGAGCGCUUCUACAUCCGUGCCGGUCGCUACUUGAUCAUGGUGUGCCAUCCGCAAGACGUCAAAGACCUAGACGACGAAGAACGACAGCAGUAUCUGUUACUGAAGAAAGGUUGUUCACUCAAUCUUGCUGCGUGCCACCUGAAACAAAAGCGAUAUGACGAUGUAAUCACCCAUUGCACAAUUGCCCUGGAGAUUGAGCCGCUAAACGCAAAGGCACUCUUCCGCCGCUGUCAAGCUUACCUCGCAUUGGACGAGUUUGAGAAGACCAGGACGGAUAUACAGACUGCUUUGGGGGAAGAUCCUGAGAGUCGGCUCUUUCUAGAACAGAAAAGACUUCUGGGGAAGAGAGAGAGAAAAGUGUUUAAUAAUCUCUCUAGAGGGAUGAAUAAGAUGUUUGGAGGACCAUCAUGAUUGAUGCUAACCAAUUGCUUACUGGAACCGGAUGGUCCCGGUGUUAAGCAUUUAGGAAUUAGAAAAUUCAGUAGUCAGCGGGUUAACGGUCAUGGGCCAGUUUUCAGUAGAGAGAGAGGCAAAGAUUGCUUGGAGUCGAAGCCUGGAAAUCGGUUACUUAAGCCUCGUUCAGAAAUGAUGGGGCAGAACCGUAGCUUUUUUAAAAUGAUGACGUGAAUUGAAAUACACUUCGCAUUUCUGUGUCUUAUAGUUAUAAAAAAGAGCACAGAAUUCAUACAGCAAUACCCUUGUGCACAGUUGUCAUUUAUUGUAUACUAAAUUGAUAAUUUUUGUUGUUGCUUGCAGCCUUUUAAUGCACCAUAUAUCUGAACCAACCUCUUUGGUUAUAUAUAUAUUCAACAUGCAUACAGUGUUUUUCAUUAUUCAUUCUCAAAUCAAAUAACUGCCUGACAAAUUAUCUAAUGUAAAAUGUUAAAGAUAAUACGAAGUUUUGGUAUGGGGGUCAUGAUUUUGGUUCAAAUGAACAUUUUGGGAGCAUAUGCGAUCCUACAAUAUUCAGUGAUCGUUGUCGCGGUUGAAAUCGAGUCUACAGUUAUGAAUUGUAAAUAAUACACUCUUUAUGUUGUAGAGCUCCGUCUUAAGGUCCACAUAUUAAUUAAGCUAUACAACAAUGUUUCUUGACUAAAAUUGACCGAAUAGCUAUUUCCGUUUGGAAAUUAUAUAUCACAACUACAUAUUCUGAGA